AUGAAUCCAAGGAAGAAGCUGAAGAUGAGCCCGCAGUGGUCGCUCGUCGUUUCGUCAUGCUCUUGCGAGGAAGGCAGAGAAUGCUUCUCUCCAGCAUGCUCCGCAGUGCAGAAGAGUUAUCAUGACAUCAUGAUGCGCUUGGAGGAAGAGGGCGAAAUAUUGCCAGGAACGGAGGAACGACUGGCGAUGAUUCGUUCAGUAUCGAAUAGUGAGAUCGAAAGUGUUGGUGCUGAGGAAAGAGGCGAAAAUGAUAACCAAGAUGAAGUUUCGCCGUCUGGAAGUGAUCUGUUGACAUGCUCCUCGAUCUAUCUGCCAACAGAGCGGCAAGGCGACCCUUUGAAAGCUACUCAAUUUGGCACACAGGGCCUCUCUGGAUUUGAUUGUUGUUCUUCUGCAGCGCAAGGAACUUUUCAAAGUCAACAAAAGAAUGAGAUGUUCAACAAGUCCUUGUUGAGAUCCUGGAUGGACCCGGAGUUAGCAAGGAAGUGCUUGCUUCUUGCGUGGUGGAAUGUACGAAGGCCCCACAGUGCCCAAGAACAGCUUUCGGAGGCAAGGACACAUGGGAGUUACAUGGACAACGAGAUGAACUCAUGUGUGAGACAUCCAGAGCAUGAUGCAAUCUUGAAGGUUUUCAACAUGGGCCAUCGAUUGAUGCUGGCUCUGAACUUCUCGGAGUACAGCCUAUCCUUGUGGGAGUCUUCUGGUAGAAUAUACUACAAUUCGUUGAAUCAGCAUGUCUUGCUGGACUUGUUUGAAAACGAGAUCGAGAUAAAGAUGAAAUCCAUCGGAGGGAAAUACCUUACUCCGGUUGCUGACGUCUUGCAUCGAAUGGCCUAUUCCACAAGAAUCGUAGGGAUCGAUCUGCAGGAUAUUGUAAAACUUGCAACGCAGUGCAACACGCUGGAAGAAUUGCAGGCUUUGCUUCACGAAUCCAAGCUACAUGUUCAAACGAAACAUGAGCAUGACAACUGUAGCUUUGUGGUCGAGCAUGCAUGCGUCAAUCUUGGACAGAAACAAACAGCUUCCGCACUUGUGCCCCCGAUCUGUCCUCGUGAAAAUCGUCGGCGCGGCGCUCACUUUGCCGAUACUCUUGACCUGUGCAUGUUCGCACCAGCCGAUUCCAUUCCGAGACUCCGAGCUGUAGACUACUUCAGCGACGUCGUCUCCAAGACUCCUCAGAUCUGCGGGCAUGCGCUCUCUGUUGAGCGAUGGUUGGACACGAUGCAGGAACGAUGCUGGGCCCACGUGACCGUAAGGCGCCAGAUGGAGGUCGACAUGUACUACCAUGUCUUGGUUGAUUUCAAAAUCUUGCCGAAGGAGAGGUUAAAAAUUGCCAGCCAAGGAAUAUCCAUGCUACUUUUCACGGGGCCAUCACGGUUCUACAAAUCAUUGCUGAUGAAAGAGCGAAAUUUCCCGGUAAAUCUAGAAGAAAUCCUCAAGGGAGCCUGCCCCUCUGGUCCUCGACGUCAGGGCUCGAAUGGCUGUGAAGCGACCGGUGAAAGCUGGUGGAAUGACAUGAGCGAAGGGGAAAUACUCGAGAGCAUGAGUAUCUCGCCAAGGAUGCGAGACCCUGUGCAGCGAAAUGACUUUUGCUUGCCUUUUACUUCCAUCCAAGAGAACCACUUGUGA